AUGGACAUUUAUAACUUUAGACCCAGUCAUCUUUUAGAUUAUGAGUUGGAUUAUGAAUUGUUUAUUCGUCAGUCUGCUACUACUCGUCCCGUUGCAGACAAACGUAAAAUUUUAAGUCGAUUAUUAGCUAGUGAAAAAUCCAAACCUGGUAAUAAUAUACAGUUAGCAAAUAUAGAAUUAGAUUUUAACAAAGAACAAGAAGCUAUUGGGAAAAGUUUAAAUUCAGUUAAUUUAAUUAUCGAAGACUUUGAAGGUGCAGAAAGUGACAGUACAUUUCUUAGAGUAAAGUCGCGUUUGAGUCAUAUUGCAGGUAGAGUUCAGCAUAUUAUUUCAUUUUCUUUAGACCCCAAAUUAUUGCCAUUGGUUAAGACUUAUAUUAGUGAGACUAAUGCUACUUGUUUGAAAUUAGAAGGCGACCUUUAUGACAAAAUUCCAUCUACGUCAAAUACUAAUGAAUCUUUUGUUUCAAAUCCAGUUAUAAACAUUCCAACCCCUAUUGUAAGUUGUUCAUCACGUAGUCAGCCUGUUAGUGAAUGGCAAAUUAAAUUUGAUGGUACUGAACUUUCAGAUUUAUGUAGAUGUCCUGAGGAGGCUGAUUAUCUUACUAAGAAGGACAAAAGACCGAAAGAAUGUAUUUCUAGUUUAGACGAGCCAUCUCCAUCUUGUUCUAAAAUGAAUAAUAGAGUUUGCAAGAGUAAGGUUUCGAAUAAAGGUUGUAUUCCAGAAAGUAGUGAUGGAAAUGAAGUUUCUCCUGUGUUCGUAAAUAAGUCACUUGAUAAUAGACCAUAUAUUUCCGUGAAGUUGUAUGAUAUAAGUGUUUCAGUUUUAUUAGAUUCAGGAGCUACUGCUUCUGUUGUUGGUUCAAAGGAUGAUCUUUCUAUUGAACAGCGAAUUCGAGCUGAAAAUGUUAUUGCUUCUUUUGAUGAGAUUAGUAGUCAAGAUAAGUUAGGACGUACUGAUAAAAUUCCUUUAAACAUCGAUACUGGUGACGCUCCACCUUUCAAACGUAGACCUUUUUCUAUGUCUCCUUAUAUGGCUAAAAUUUUAAAUGAUGAAUUAGACGAAAUGUUACAGUUAGGUGUGAUUGAACCGUCCAAAAGUCCUUAUUGUUCGCCCGUACUAUUAGUCAAAAAAGCUAAUGGCGAAUAUCGAUUUUGUUUUGAUGGUAGACCAUUAAAUGAGGUUACCAAACAUGAUUGCUAUCCUUUGCCUAACGUUGAAAGAAUUUUAAGUUCAUUAAGAAAUUCUAAAUUUAUCUCUUCCAUUGAUUUACGUAAAGCUUUUUGGCAAAUUCCUCUUGAUGAACGUUCGAAAGAAAAGACUGCUUUUGCUGUAGUAGGUCGAGGCUUUUUUCAGUUCGUAACAAUGCCAUUCGGUCUUCGCAAUGCUGCGCAGACUCAGCAACGUUUAGUAGACGCUAUUUUCAGUCCUAAGUUUGAGCCCCAUAUAUUUACUUAUCUAGAUGAUAUCUUAGUUAUAAGUGAAGAUUUUUAUCACCAUAUAAAACUCCUCACUGAAGUGAAAGAAAAACUUCGUGAAGCAGGACUUUCACUAAAUUUGAAGAAGUGUGAUUUUUUUAAAACCACUUUAAAAUUUUUAGGAUAUGUUGUUGGCUCAAAUUCACUUAGAACAGACCCAGAUAAAGUAUCAGCUAUGGCAAAUUAUCCACAACCUCGAACUACUACUAAAAUUAAGAGAUUUGUUGGACUCUGCUCAUGGUAUCGUCAUUUUAUUAAAGACUUUUCAACUUUGAUGUCUCCUAUUAACGAUCUUCUUAAAGGACGUAAGAAGGGACAAUCCAUAGAGUGGAAUACCAAGGCAGAACAUUCAUUUUUGCAUAUUAAAGAUCUUCUAUUGUCAGCUCCGAUUUUGUCACAACCUAAUUUUUCAGAGAAAUUUUUUAUUGAGUCAGAUGCUUCAGACACCGGUUUGGGUGGAGUUUUGCUACAAAAGAUUGAUGGUGAAGAUUAUAAUCACAGUUUAUUAUGGUUAAAUAAUUUAAGUAAUCCUUCUGGGAAAUUGGCCCGUUGGAGCGUGCGUUUAAGAAAGCACACUUUUGACAUAAUUCAUAAGAAGGGAGUUUCCAAUGUCAUUGCUGACGCAAUGUCGCGUAUUCCUGGCAGUGAGGAUGUUCAAGAACACACUCCUGAUAUUUCUGAAGAAAGGCCACAGCGACAGGAAGUUAUAGAUUCUUGUCAUAGCCCGCCUACAAGUGGUCAUUUUGGUUUCUUUAAAACUUUGAAUAGAGUUCAAGAAUUGCACUAUUGGCCGAAAAUGAGAGAGGAUAUUUUAAGAUUUGUUAGAAACUGCGAGGUUUGUGGUGCUCAAAAAGCUCCUAACACUGCUAGAAUGGGACUUAUGGGUAAAGAGAAAGUUGUUGAUUUACCAUUUCAAGUGAUAGCUAUAGAACUUAUAGGACCUCUACCUAGGUCAAAGAUAGGACAGUUUUAUCGUAGUGAAGUUCCUCACGAAGACCUAGAGAUAGUUCCAGGUGAUUGUAAUAGUUACGCGGCUAAUCUUCAAAAUUUUAAAGAUAUUUUUAUUCAAGUUCGUAGUAAUCUUCAUUUAGCUCAUGAGCGUAAUUCCCGUUCUUAUAAUCUUAGGAAAAGAGAUGUUUCUUUUAAUGUAGGAGACCAUGUAUGGCAUAGAAAUAAAGUUUUGUCUAGCGCUGCUGACAAAUUUUCAACAAAAUUAGUACCUAAAUGUAUUCAUUCUAUAGUUCGUAAAAAAUUACCUAAUUUAGUCUAUAAUCUUGAAGAUCUUGAUGGUUCUAAAGCUGGUAAUUGGCAUAUUAAAUAUUUGAAGCCUUUCAACCACAUAGAUAAUGAUCAAAGAUCUUUAUCAAGUGAAGAUUAA